CAGAAUGUUGAAAAGAUUCAAUAUCCACCUGUAGAACUGCCAUGAAUGCUAGCUUAAAGGGUCAAGAAACUUCAAUGGACGUUGCUGCCUCUUGGGCGGAGGAAAUGAUAUUGUCCAAUGAUUCAGAUCUUUACUCAUUCAAUAUGUCUCCAGUGACUGAAUUCCCUCCUUUUCAAUUUCGCCCUUAUUAUGGGGACAAGCUGGAAGCAUACCGAAAUUUCUACUCAUCGCUGCAUGGAUACAUCAGCCUGACUGUUUGCCUCUUCGGAAUCACCGCAAACGUCAUGAACAUCAUCGUCCUAACCAGGAAAAACAUGAUUUCCCCAACAAAUGCCAUUCUCACGGGACUGGCAGUUGCAGACAUGAUGGUCAUGUUCUCAUACGUCCCGUUUAGCUUCCACAACUACAUUAGAACUGAUUUAGACGAAAAAGAUAAAUACUCAUUCGGAUGGGCUGUGUUCACGCUGUUCCAUGCACACUUCACCGUUGUGAAUCACACCAUUUCAAUAUGGCUGACCGUGACGGUAGCCAUUUGGCGGUUUAUGGCCGUUUGUUAUCCAGCUCCAACAAUGAGGUGGCGAGGAUUGGCGAGGGCAAGAAUCGCCAUUUGUCUCACGUAUUUAUCUUGUGCUUUGUUUUGUAUCCCUGUUUACAUGACUUUUACUGUAGCUUCAUACAAAGAUAGAGAAGGAAACAUGCUUUAUAAAGUAGAUUUCAGCGAAAUCGCCAAACGGCACGAUGAACUGCUCGCCAAUAUUAACUUUUGGCUGUUCAGUGUGAUAACGAAAUUAGUGCCGUGUGUGGCUCUUACAGGACUCAGUUUGGGACUAAUAAGGGUUCUUUAUGAAGCUAACUUAAGGCGGCAAAGGCUAAAGGUUAGCUCAGAAACUGAUAAAAGUCACGACAGAACCACAAAAAUGCUGCUGGCAGUACUUUUACUUUUCCUACUGACGGAGUUCCCAUCUGGCAUGAUAGCUUUAUUAAGCGGCGCGUUAGGAAGUGAGUUUUUUAGUAAUGUUUACCUCAAUUUUGGAGAAACAAUGGAUAUUCUGGCUUUAGUCAACAGCGCUGUAAAUUUCAUAAUUUAUUGUUCUAUGAGUCGGCAAUUUAGAGAUACCUUCGCAUUUUUAUUUCUCACUCGUUGGAGUAAAGGAAAAUGGGCUGCCAUACCUCCAGCCGAGCCGACACAAACAUUAGGAACUGCGUGCGUCUAAAAUUAGAAGAAGAAAAAAAUCAUUUCACACAGAAAAAAUUUAAUCAUAUUUAUUUCAAUCUAUUGCCUAAAAGUAAUCACUACCAUUUUGUUGAAAAAAAAUCAAGUUAUAAGUGGAUGCAUACAACUAUCAAAACUAAUGUAACCUAGAAAUUAUUCUACACAUCAAUGCAUUUUAAGAUUACAAAAUCUUCAAUGAUUUAUUUAAAGACAAACUGCUAGCUUCAAUUAUCAGAAGUGCAUGAAAUUGUAUGUACAGUAUUAAUUCUUAGAUUCCAAAACACAACACAAAAGAAUAAAAAAACAGUUGUUUUCUAACAAGACAGCAGGUAUUAGUGUGAAUUAUAGAUCUUAUAACAUCUGAAAUCCAAAGUAUUAAACCUUAAAAGUAUAGAGAGACAAAAAAUGGAGGUACUUAAGUAAAUUAAGAUGGUGGGAAAUUAAGAAACACAUUGGAAUGUAUAUUCUAGAUUUUCAUUAGCCUAGUGUGUUGGAAACACUGAAAUUCUGGUAAUUUGACUAGGGAAACCUUAUUUUAUCAAUGAAAAGAUGCUUAUGAAUUGGAUAAAGGUCAUUGUACAAGAUUGUAGGUAAAUUGUUGCAUCUUAGUUAAGAUUUUAAUUAGUAACCUGCUAAGAUAACAAUAUACUUAGCUGCAUCGCACUUAAAAGUUUAAAAUUUUUGAAUAAUUUUUUUUUCUUGUCCUGGAAAAAAAAAUAUAAUGUACCAUUUUGGAUCUUAUAAUGAUAAUCCCUCAGCUCUCGUGACUACAUAGAUAUAUAGAAGCACAUGAGUCUAAACAAAGAAAUUGGAGAACGAAAAAAAAAGUGUUUGUAUUUGGUGAUGUUUGAUAUUUCAUGCAUUAACAACUGAAUCAACCCCAUACAUUUACAUUUCUCUUCAACCUUGCUUUUUUAUGACUUGCCUCACUGAUUUUUUUCAUUGAGGAGUUGCAAAGGUAAAAGAAAAUCAAAGUGAGUCCGCUUGUUCUCAUAAGCAUAUGUGACAUUAAAAAAUCAUAUGUUAUUUGCUGCAAAUGUUUAAAUGCUAUUAAUUGUGGCUCAACACAAUAUGGACUGCACUCGCACAUUUAAUUUACUAUUUUGAAAAGAAAAAAGGAUAUGUGUUUAAAGGCAUAAAAUUUCAACGACAGUUGCUAUUUCAAAACUAUACCCGACACUUGGCCCGGAUACACCAGUAACCAAAAAGACGCUUAAUCCAUUUCCUACUAUAAGAAAGGAAGAUGUAGGUUCUGGUAUCUCAAUGUCUAAUACUCAUCGAAAUUCUUCUUCCGAGUUUUCCUAAAUGUAUACUAUUCAGUAAGUGGAUUUGGAAGGAUCACUGUUAGAAGUCCUCCGGGAGGGCAGCUUUCCAUCAGGGUUUUCUGAAAUCGGAAAAGAAACUAAGUAAGCGGCAUAGCUCGUUGAGGCUUUAGGGCUUCUAAGAAAAAAUAGUUUAAAAAAAGCUAGUUUCAAAUGAGCCCAGCUUUUCUUUGUCGUCUAAUAGAAGGAAAUUUGUAUGAACAAUCAGAAUUUUCUUCCUUCCCAGAAGGAGCUAAAUUUUCGAUGAACCUUAAUUUAACCUAAGCAUAAAGAUUUAUAAAAACUCCUCUGUUAAAAAGUUUUUUUUUUUUUUUUUAACUAAAAACAAUUCAAAGAAUAAAAUAAACAUUGAUAUUUAUUUUUUUUAUUUCUGAAUUAUUUUUUAUUUCUUGAUUAUUUUGAACUAAUGGUAAAAAUUAUUUGGUUUAUUUUUUUUAAAUUAACUGUUUCAAUAUUUUUAGUAUGUGUUUUUAUUUAAAUUUUUGUCAAUAAUCAUACGGGUUGAGAAAUUAGAUUGUCAAUUUAAUUUUCAUGUUAUUUUGUGUUUAUUUAUUAAAUAAUUAAUUUAUUUAUUAUUCGAUCAUUUUUUAUCAAUAGCCAUUUUCAUGUUAAAAUUUCAGGGAAAGUUUUUUUCGCUUUUGCUUUUUUUACUCAUUUUAUGCAACUGCGACGUUUAAUUAUUCAUCUUCGUUAUUUUCUUCAUACAAAUUGACACUCUGGAAAGUUUGAGAAUUUUCUCAAUCGAAAUCGUUUAACAUUUUUUAAAAAUGCAUUUUGUCUAUUUAUUCUUGCAAACAUUUACCUCAACAUAAAUUUGUUUUAGGACAAGGUACAAUUUGUUUUGAAAGAGAAAUUACUAUUUGAAUAUUUUCUGGCAGUUUUGUUGAUUAAUGUUUAACUUAUAAGAGCGUGAAAGAAAAACUCGGUAGUGUAAUCCAUAAAAGCAAAAAAAAUUUUAGUUUCAACAGUUUGUUAUUUUCACAUUUUUUUUCUCGAUCUUAAACAAUUGGGCAGAAAAUAAUAAAUGUAGGUAGAGCAAAAUUUUCCAUGCUCUAUUCAAUAUACUUAUUUCAAUAUGCUAUUGAGUUAUUACACUAAGAGUAAAUGUAUUGUAAUCAAUGUUGAAUAAUUCUAAAUGGAAUUAAUCAGGAGAUAAAUUGAGUUACUGUUUACAUAGAUAACUGAGCAACUUGAGUUUGAAAAUGCAUAUACAUAUUCAUAUCAACUGUACUUUCAGUUUGGAAAAAAAAUGUUGGAUUUAAAAAUACAAGUACUGUUAUAACAGCUCAAUUUUUUUCCUUUAUAACUUAUCGCGAUAGUUAAAAGUUUUUGCAUCUGUAUCGUAAAAAAAUAGCAUAAUAAACCUAAAUAUACGCUUUCGAAAAUAACAGAGCAAUUUUAAUUUCGUCUACAAAUUUACCAGAUAAUAUUAAAAUGUUAAAUUGGAGGGAAAAGAUACGGUGUCGAAAAAAAAAGAAAGAAAGAAAGAAAAGGCAUUUGUGCACAGAAUAGCGGGGUAAGUUACUUCUGGCUAUAUGUCCGUAUUUUUCAGCAUAAAAAACACUUUGUAUUUAAAUGUUAUAUGAUAUUUUCCAAAUGCAUUUGCAGCUAUAACUCCAUUUAAUCUUUCGUGUAAUUUAAAUUAGUUUAUAAUUAUUUAGAGUUUAAAUGUGUUUGCUAAGCUAACUGUGUUUGCUAUACCUCCAUUUAAUCUUUCUCGUGAAUUAAAUUAGUUUAUAAUUAUUUUAAGUUUAAAUGUGUUUGUUAAGCUUUUGUGAUAAAUGUUUAGAUGUUUUAGGAAACAAAAUAUGUUUAAAUUACUGAUACAUUUUAUUUAAAUAAUUGAAGUGUAAUCUGCAUUUCCGUUUUAAGAGACGAAGAAUCUUACAAUAAUAACAAUGUUAUUUCAAGUGCAGCCUUAAUCAAAGAAAUCGGGGCAACACAUGGACAGCUCUAUUUUUGCUUGUUUUGCUUUUUACAUUGAAACAUACGAAGAAAAAUGUUAUAUUUCAUUCUGCAGAAGAACGAGACAACUCCAACCAGCAUUCCAUGAGAUAUUUUUGCAAGUAGCAGUUACAGGUAACGUUUCGGAAGAAAGCAAAGAAAAACUUUUCUUAUUUUGUAGCAAUAAUUUAAAACAUUUUUUUUAAAACAGCAAUCGCAUUGUUUUCUUAUUACAACCAAACAUUCCUUAGAUUAUUAAUAAAAAUCUAAAAUCCAGUUGGAUUGUUUUUAGUAUCUUAAAGCAAGAACAGGACAUGCCGAAUACAUAUCAAUUAACUGUACAGUGCAAGGAUCAUAUUUUAUUAGCAUGGCAUUGAAAUUUUUUUUCAUGGUCAAAAAUUCUUACGGGAUAUUGAUUAAUUUCAAAAAUGAAUUGUUUGAAUAUUUCUGUUUUGCUGAAGGUUUUUAAAAAAGUAAAUAUGUCUCCUUAUUGCACCGAGGUCAUCAACUAAAGGAUAUUUUGUAAAUAAUGUGCAUAAAUCUGCAAAUAUUGCUUUUUUACUUAACUGAAAAGAAAAUACUGACAAAAUGAAAAACCAUUUUAUGGGAUAUUAAUUUAAGACAAUUAUAUUGGUUAAACAGAGUUUACAGAAUUGGUUAAACAGACGAACGAAUAAUCAAAACUUGAUUUUUCGUUCUUCUACUUCUCUUCUUUUUGCGAUGUGACUAUGUUUUCGUUUUUUUGAAAGCAAGUGGUUUGUAAUUAUUGUCUUUCUUUAUGUGUAUGCAAGUCAUUUUCCAUCGUUAAAGCAUGGAAAAUUUAAAAUCAUGAAAAUUUUCAUGGACAAAAAAAAAUAGAUAACAUGCAAAAGUAUACUUGAACUCUGAUUUAUUAAAAGCACUGUUUCAAAUCAUGAAAAAAGAUAUAUCAGUUUAUUGAUGUUGAAAUCGGUACAGUUGCUGCACGAAAGUUUUCUGUACCUAACUGCAAUCCUCACAGUAUGUGAUCUAAGACGGGAAACAGAAUUUCAUCUGCUGUUCAAGUUUUUCAGAACUCAAAUACAGUCGGACACCGAUUUAACGAAAUCAUCGGGACUGAAUCUUUUAUACGUUAAAUCGGGGUUAUUCGCAAUAUCGGAGUGCGAAAAAAAAUUACACUUACUUUACCAGGAAGCCGUAAUAAGCAAUUGCGCAAAAAUAUCCAUAAUCAAACAGUGUGCAGUUUUUAUUCUGUAUUCCGUGACUUAUUACACAGUAAUUAAUUUGAAAUUUUAUUGAACUUAAUAACAUAUUUUGACAAUUUUUUGAUACUACUUGACUCGAAAUAGUUUUGACUUCACGGAGAGAAAGAAAAUUCUGUGUCAUUUACAGCCUUCUACGUGAGAUAUAUUUUUAGUUUCCAUUCUAUGUAAAGCAUUAGAAAAAAUAACAGUUUUAAUGAGAGUUUCAGUAUCGCUUUCUGCAUCAGAAUAUAUAUUUGAUUCUGGUUUCUCAGGAUCUUUGGUUGACCCCUCGCCCGUCAAACAUUGUUGAUUACAAGGAAAGUCUUUUUCUGCUUUGGAAAAGACAGAUAUAUCAUUUGGGAAAUAAUACAAUAUUUUCUAACUCAAAGUAACGAAAAAAAAAUUUUUUUUUUCGGCUGUUACAAUAAUUUGUUAAUUCGGGGUUCCUUAUUCGGUGAAUCGGGGUUUUUGCCUUCAUUUCAGUCGGAGAAAAAGAAAAAUUCACUAAAACGCGAAAUUCGUUAAACAGAGGUUCAUUAAAUCGAGGUCUGACUGUAUUUAGAUCUCAAAAUCAUAAGUUAAAUUUUGCAUACCAAUGAACAAACUGAUAAACUAAAUGGAAUUCUAGUCUUAUACUUGUGUAAAGAGAGUUGUAUGUCUCACAUUUAGAAAAGUAUGCGAAAAGAAGGAAUAUUUAUUCGCAUGCAAGAGGCGGCUUUACACGUACUUCGUCGUUUUCUUCAAAAUGAUUCCAAGCUAUUUUUGUAUACUGCAAAAUAAAUAGCAUUACAAUAUUGAUUGACAUGAAACUGAGUUGUGUAUGAAGAAAAAAGUGAUAGUCACUUACGUGUAUCAACUUUACCGUAUGUGUCCUGCGUAUCGUGAAAUUAUUGUAUAAACUGAAAUAAAUGUACUUAAACACC